GAUAUGCUUGUUUCAGCAGUCUGCAUGCGACCGCUGUCUCAGUGAAACGCUUCGCCGCGACACCGUAGCACUUCGAGUUGGCUGAAAGCCCUGGAAUUUCUGGUAGCUGGGAGACUCGUGGUCUUCGAAGUCCCCAGAAGUUAGAGUCGCCAUGAAAGUUCCGGUAUUUGCCGUUCUCAUCUUGGGUCUAUGGACAGGCUUGAUCCUUGCUCAUCGUGGCGGUCAUGGACGCGGAUACGGACGACGCAGAGGAUCCGGAAAAUGGGGGGGCCGUCGCCACGGCUACGGAGGAUACUACGGCGGCCGCCAAAAUUACAACUACGUUGAAGGGCCCACAACGCCGGUAUCGACCACGGUUACCUUGGCCCCAGGGACGCCAAAGGUGAUCUCAUCGAGUGGAUACUACCGACCAGGCUGGACCAACUACACUCAGAAGUGGAAUGUAGUGGCCCCUGGAAACACCAUCUCAGUGACGUGCACGUACCAGUUUUCCAGCUACACGUGUCAGUCCCCUUCCUUGACUGUUGGCGAAGCUCGGUACACCAAUGGAUACCAGACGAUCGGACCCACUCAGAAACAGGACAGCUUGGAUAUCGUCUACGCCAACCAGGGUGGAGAAUGCCUCUUCGCCUGCAUUGCGGAAGUUCCCAGCUCCGCUACGCCCGUCCUUCCUCUAGACCUUCAGAAUCCAGAAUCCUGGUACCUGAAGUAUCCGAAGUGUGGAGGUUCCAGGCAGUCCCCGGUCAACAUUGACGAAAACAAACUAUCAGGAAGCUACCCAUGGAAAGAGCUGGGAAUCCACCAGUACGACACUCCGCUUCAGUCCAUGAACCUCUCUAACGAUGGCCGAUCAGUCGUCCUGAGAGCCGACGGGCCCUUUGUGAUGGGCGGGAACCUUUCCUUUAACAGCCAAUAUCUCCUUCAAGAUGUGGUCUUUCACUGGGGUCCCACGACUGCCUCCGGGUCAGAGCACACUAUUAAUGGACAAAGGUACGACGGGGAAAUCCAGUUCAUUCAUUACAACAAGAAAUACGCUAGUUACAACGCUGCCAUCGAUGCAACUGAUGGCCUGGCUAUUCUCGCUGUCUUUCUGAAAGACGUCCAACUCGGCAACAAUUCUGUCUUCAAUCCUGUCAUCUCCGCCGUAAAGAAUGUUCGAACUUCAGGAUCAUCAACGAUCGUCGAGCCCUUCAGCCUGCGCAGUCUCCUUCCAAACAACACUGACAAGUUCUACCGCUACGAGGGAUCUCUCACCAGCCCGGGAUGCCAGGAGAGUGCUACGUGGACCGUCUUCAGGGAUACUGUCCAAAUCUCUUCAGCGCAGUUGGCAGAAUUCCGCCAAAUUGAGGACAGCCAGGGCAACAAGAUCACCAACAACGUCCGUCCGGUGCAGGACUUGAAUUCUCGCAGUAUAUAUACUGGACAGCUUCAGCCAUCUUGGAGUUACAAUGGGCCGGAUGGCCAGAACACCUGGCCACAGAUCAGCGCAUCCUGUGGGGGAAACAAACAGAGUCCCAUAAACAUCGCGACAUCCUCCACCGUCAAGGAAUCAUGGUCUCCCCUCGUCUUUACCAACUUCAAUUUUACACCCAUGAAAAUGGUUCUGCUAAACAAUGACAAUGGAGCCGUUAUUGUUCCGUCCAUGGAGUAUAAUGCAACCGUGCAAGGGGGUCCUUUUGAGACUCCGUACAAGUUCUUCCACUAUCACUUCCACUGGGGGAGUCCAGACACUAAUGGCUCUGAACAUACUAUCGAUGGCAAGAGAUAUCCAGGCGAAAUUCACAUGCUGGUCUACAAUCAAUCCCUGGACGGAUUACGACAAUCUCUCGGAGUCGAGAAGGGCAUCUAUGAGGUCUCCGUCUUCUUGGAAUUCAGUGACGCGGAUAAUCCAAAACUGGCAAACGUCAUUAGCGGACUGGAAAAGGUCGUCCUCUCGCUGAGCUCCAACGACCUGACUCCAUUCCCGCUCGAAAACCUGUUGCCUAGCAACCGGCAAGACUUCUACCUGUAUGACGGCUCGAUCACGACUCCGUCGCCAAUGUGCGAUGAAAAGGCCUACUCCCUCGUCUUCAGCCAGCCAAUUACCAUAUCCAGGAACCAGAUGGAGAGAUUCUAUAACCUCGAAAACGCCGCUGGCUACAAGAUCAGAAACAAUUUCCGCAAUCUACAGCCUCUGAAUGGAAGAAUGGUGUUGAAAUCAUAGGAAAGACGGAAUGUGACAGAACUGGUCAUCCAUCACUAAUGAGGGGACGGGAAUUAUUAUCAAGCACAUGAUUUGCAAAAAAAAAAAAAAAAAAAAAAAUACAAUGCGUUAAAAAUAAGUAAAGGCAACGGUUUAUAAAAUGGUUUAAAUUAUUUCAUAGCUUGCUCGUACAAAAACCUUUUACCUUCAUGUGCAUUUUCCUGCUUCACAGAUUCAUAACUUUGGGUUUCAAGCAGCGAUUUCUCUAGCCCAAUCAUUUUAAAAAAUGUCUGAAUAUUCACACUAUACUUCCUACCAUAUUUUCGUGUUAUUUUUAUCAGAACCUCUUGACUGAAUUAUUCGUGAUUUUAGAUGUAAGGAAAUCAUUCUUGUGCGGUUUUAUUUUCUGUUUUGUUUGGUAGUAAUAAAUUUCUUGAGUGUAA